AUGGAAUUUGAGAUCCAACAUUUUCUUGUCAGGAAAUUCAUUACCAAGAUUUACAGCCGUUUUUGGAUUUUCCUGAAGCAGUGUCAGGAAGGGGCAUCUAGUGGAGUGACUGGAAUUAUUAUUAGCUGCAAUAACACUAGUUCAGAUGCCUUGUUGCCUGGCAGUUCCCUUUCCUUUUCUGGAGGAGAUACAUUAGUAUCCAAACUAGGGAAGUUUGAACUUGGUUUCUUCUGUCCAGAUACACUUAAACAAAGAGUUUGGAGUACUAAUGUAUCCAUAGCUUCAAAAGAAGAUGUCAAUAGGGCAGUACUUCUUGACUCUGGAAAUUUAGUUUUGACAAAUGGCAUUGAGAUAAAGUGGCAGAGUUUUGAUUAUCCAACAGAUACAUGGCUUCCUGGUGCAAGGAUUGGAUUUGAUAAGAGCAAGAACACACUCCAGAAACUUACUUCUUGGAGGAAUAUGAAUGAUCCGGCUACAGGAAAGUACUCUUUGCAAUUAGACCAGAAUCAAAAUGGUGAGUUAGUACUACUAGAUAACCGCGGGGAAAACUGGAGGAGUGGGCCUUGGGACGAAGGAGGGGUUUUGUCCGUAUACAAAAUGUAA